AUGUCAGGUAGUAUAGGUGACAGUUGGUCCAUGUCAGGUAGUAUAGGUGACAGUUGGUCCAUGUCAGGUAGUAUAGGUGACAGUUGGUCCAUGUCAGGUAGUAUAGGUGACAGUUGGUCCAUGUCGGGUAGUAUAGGUGACAGUUGGUCCAUGUCAGGUAGUAUAGGUGACAGUUGGUCCAUGUCAGGUAGUAUAGGUGACAGUUGGUCCAUGUCAGGUAGUAUAGGUGACAGUUGGUCCAUGUCAG